CUGCAGAGCAGGCACAGCUGGUACUCCUGGAUGUGCUGGGGAGCUGGCCCGAGCACAGCACGUGCACCUCCGAUGGGGACAAAACGGGUGUCUUUGCCCUGGCUGCAACUGUGGUGAUGUGGAAGAUCCUCCAGGUGCCCUGUGUCCCAUGUGUAGUGACAGCGUAUUUCCCCCGCCUGUUUGUGCAUCUGCUCUUCCAAGUGUUCUUCAGCACAGAAGAGAUGCCAGAGGAGGUGGAUACCUUCUGGAAGGAAUGCCAGGAAGAGCACGGCCUUGCCACCAGCCCCAACAGGUUUGCAGUGCAGACCCUCAAGUCCCUGCUCUGCCUUCUCCAGUGUGAGGAUGUGGUGGUGGCAAUGGAAUGCAGGUGUGGCUGGGACACGCUGCUCUGUGUUGACACCUGCCACUAUGCCGUGGGUCUGCUGGCCAGGGAGAUAUCCUCUGUCUCCAUACCCUCCUGUUCCCGGAUCCUUCGCUACCUGCUCUGGCUGCUGAGCACACAGGAGCCACACUGGGAUCUGCCUGCCCUGGCGUUCUUUGUGGAGGUCCUCGAGUGCCUGGACUUGAGUGAACACGAUGCUGAGAGAGUCCUGCAAAUCUUCUCAAGGUACCUGCAGAACGAGUGCAAGGAGAGGCGUCGCCUGGUUUUGAAGGCCCUUCUGAAGCUCACUGAUGAUCCUUUGAUGACCAAAAAAAUGUGGAGCCUGACUGAAAGUCUUGUGGAGCUCCUGCAGGAUGCAGAUGGAGAGACAGUUAAGAUAACAGUCAUGGUACUUAGCUUUAUAGUCAUGGACAAGGACACACCAAUACCCAGCCUGAUCUCCCUGCAGCUGGCUGAGGCGCUUGUGCUACUCUUUGACCACGAUAAUUGGCAGGUACAGCUGCUGUCCAUAUGGCUUUUCCGAACAUUGAUGACUCUUCCACUGGAAAAGAAAAGAAAGGCCCUGAAGACACCAGUGUGCCACAGCCUACUCGCACUUUUCUUCCACUGCCGUGAUGGAAAUCGGCGUGUGGCAGAGGCUUCUCAGGAAACGCUGCUUUGUGCCAUCAAGUUCCUGAAGAAGCGAGAUCUUGAAAAACUGGUGAAGAAGGAGAAACUCUGGAUUUUUGCCAACUGCCUGCUGAAAAAGGACAAGAGCCGAGUGGCCAAGCACCUGCGCUGGGCCCUGCGCUACCUGGAGAGCCCCCAGGAGUCCCUGCGAGAGGCAGCCAUCAGGUUCAUGGGGAUCGCUGGAAAGCACCUGAAGGGGCAGCAGCAAGAGCUCCAGCUUAUCUGCCGUGCCCUUAAAGAAAUGGCAUAUGACAUGAGCCUCUCUGUCAGUUGCCUGGCAAGUCAGACUUUGCAUGUUCUCAGUGGAGGAGACAGAGCACGACAUUCCACCUUAGAGAACCUGCAAGAUCGUCUUCACAGGGUGUGGAAGAGAUGGCCUCGUCUCUCGGGGCUCGGCUGGCUGCUCUGCUGGAGCUCUGCAAAGAGCUGAUGCCAAAGACUCUGUCUGCAAGGGCCACCUGUGCCAGCAGUGAUUUUCAGUUUGUUGAACAUUGUUCUUUUCUUCUUUUUGUUUUUCUUUAGUAUAUAAAGA